UGUGCUGUAUAAAAAAUGCGCUAUGGCGCCUGUUCAAAAGAAGUGGUGAGUCUGUAAUUUUCAAGUUAUAAUUUAUUAAGCUUAUUUUGCAAGGCGUUGUGUGUGAUACUACUCCUGCAGCAUAAAUAUACAUCAAUCGUGAUAUACUGCAGGCCUCAAGAGUGAAUCAGUUAUUAUGCAUCAUUGAAUAAUACAGAAGUUGGAGCCAUACACCAAUUUCACAAAAUGAGCAGAGUGCGGCGCGUGGUGCUCUCUGACCAAACCAACUUCCCCGCCGUCUGUGUGGGCGGCGCAGCGGCGGCAGGCAAGAACCGGAAGGUCGCCUGUGACCCUCAGCCGGUCGGUGGUGAGGCGCCGGUGCGGGACGGCGGUCGGCGUGCGCUGGUGCUCGACCUCAGCCCCGCCCGCCCUGCGACCUCAGACGCCAACAGGAGCUGGCCGGCGGCCGAUACUGCAGCCGCCGAGAUGUCGCAGACCGGCGCCAUGAUGCCCUGGGACACGCCGCCGAUGCGGCGACCCAAACCCGACCAGAGCCUGCUGAAGGGCGACAACCUGUUCAGCUUCAGCUUCAACGGCGCCACGACGCGCUCGCCGUACCGGAACCAGCAGCGGCCGGGCGACGCGGCGGCGCGGUCUCUGAACGACUCGUGGGCGUUCUACAAGUCGUUCUCGCCGGCUGACGUGCUCAGCGCGCAGACCCUGUUCAUCACGCCCACAAAGAGCGUGUUCACCAUCGACAGCCGCACCUCGCAGAUCCUCAUGUGGAACGACAUGGCGUCCGACCUGCUGGGCUACUCGGGCUCCGAGCUGAGUCAGCUGCGGCUGCGGGACCUGUUCUUGGCCGCCGAGAGCCGGCCGCGCAUGGAGGAGGCCCACCUCAGCUCCGAGGGGAACGUCGUCGUCUUCGCCGGCAACGUGGUGGAGGUGAAGACCAAGAAGGGUGACGUGGUGCCCGUCUCACUGUGGCUGAGGAAAAUUGAGACGAGCGCAGCCGAGCGCCGCUGCGUCGCUGUCCUCGAGCCGGUGCAGCGGAAAACGGUCACGAUGACGUGUGACCAGUUUGGCCGUCUGAAGGAGGUGUCCGGUAGCGUAACGGACCUGUUCAGCCAGGACGCCGAUGAUUUCCUGGGUCUGAAGGUGGCCAACUUUCUGCCGGCGCUGCGGCUGCCGACAGACCUCGACUCCAUCCCAUCGGAGCUCAGCGUACAGGAGGUGACGGCCAAGCGGUCGGACGGCUCCAGCUUCCCCGUCAGUGUGCGACUAACGGGCGUCCCGGCCUCGGCCGCCACACCCGUGCCCACCAUCUGCCUGCGCGUACACGCGUACACCAGCCUCAUGGGCCUGGUGGUGAUGGACGAGGACCUGAAGAUCAGAAACUACAACCACAACUUCAUCUCGCUCACGUUCGGAUACGAGAAGGGAGCGCUCAUAGAUCGGGACGUGCGCGACCUGAUCCCCACGUUCGAGGAGGACAUGGAGAUGCUGGACUCGGACGAGGACUCGCUCUCGCUGCCGCCCAUCUACGAGGACCCGCUGCCGACGCCGGCGGCCGCCAUGGCCCGUCUGAGCCUGCGCGAGCGGCCGCCGUCGCCGCCGGCCGGCCGCCAGCCGACGCAGGGCGACGAGACGCGCCCGUCCGAGCCGCCGUCGCCCGGUGCCGGCGGCGGGCCCCCGGCCACGUCGACGCCGGGCCGUCGGCCGCCGGCGGGCCGCCGCCGCCGGCCGCCGCUCACCGACAACACCUACUACGGCGUGGCGCGCCACCGCGACGGCAGCGAGUUCAAUAUAACGUACGACCUCUGCACAAUCGGUCUGGACGACGACUCCAUCGUAUACUGUUUAUGGAUCGGCCAGGACCGCGCCGAGCCGCGCGACUCGCUGCUCUCUGCUGGCGACCUGUCGGCCGGCGUGGCGCACUAUAGCCUCGGACAGGUGAUCCAGCAGCAGGCGGCGGCGGCCCCCACCGGCCCGGCGGCGGCCGAUUCCGAUGACACGGAACACUGCCGGGGCGAGUACAGCCGCUACUACACCACUCUCCGGCAGAUCGGCAUGGGCGCCUUCGGCUUCGUCAAGCUCGGCUACCGGAACGGAGACCGCCUGCUGGUGGUGACAAAGUUUAUCCGCAAGGACAAGGUGCACGCCGACCACUGGGUGGACGACCCGUCGCUGGCCAGACGCGUGCCGCUCGAGGUGUCGCUGCUCUCCAUGCUGAACCAUCCCAACAUAAUCCGCGUGCUGGACGUCUAUGAUAACGCCCAGUACGUUCAGAUGGUGAUGGAACGGCACGGCUGUAUGGACCUAUUUGAGUUCAUCGACCGGGACCCGGCCAUGGACGAGCCGCUGGCCAGCCACAUAUUCAGACAGAUCUGCUCGGCGCUCAGCCACCUGCACACGCUGGAGAUUCUGCACCGCGACAUCAAAGACGAGAACGUCAUCAUCGACUCGUCGUUUCACGUGAAGCUGAUCGACUUCGGCUCGGCGACGUUCGUGACCCGCGGACAGCUGCUGGCCACCUUCUGCGGCACAGUGGAGUACUGCGCGCCGGAGGUGCUCCUCGGGCACAGGUACGACGGCUACACGCUGGAGAUGUGGUCGCUGGGCGUCACCCUGUUCACCCUGCUGUGCAGAGAGAACCCCUUCCAUGACGUGGAGGAUACCAUAUCUGAGCCGCUCCGGCUGCCCGCUCAGAUUACCCCCAACCUGGCGCACCUGCUCACCGGCCUGCUGGACAAGAGUCCCGACACUCGGCUGCGGCUGGAGGAGGCGUCCCGCCACCCGUGGACUGUGCAGCCCAUCGACUUGGCCGACUACAAGUUCGAGGAGGUGGUCACCUGCUCUCCUCUGGAGGUCAGUCCGCCCCGGUACCUGUCGACGGCCGGCCUGGACGGCGACCAGCGCAGCAGCGGGGCACUCUCCUUCUCAUCGCUGACACACAGCACGCCGCUGGCCAAACACGGCCGCUCCAGCCGGGAGAGGCGAGAGGCGGCUACGCGGAAUAGAGUUCGGUCGGACGAGACGGCGCUCGGCUGCGCGGCCGCCAACGGCCAGGACCCGCUGCACCAGUCGCUGCACCAGUAGUGCCCCGCCCCGCCCGUCUGAACUGAGUGCCGCCGGCCCAGCCGGCCUGUCCUCUGAGCUGCCCGCCACUCAGUGCUCUGCUCCCGUGGUGCGGCUCGUACAGCGCCGUGCGCUCUACGUGAACUGGGUUCAAUGGAGUCCGUCAGUUCGGUGAGCCCCCGGCAGAGUGUCGUGGUCAGCCUCUGCUGGCUAACCAGUAGUGACACCCACCGUCGGAUCGUGUCCGCCUCCGCCCAAGUGAAGACUAGCCCAGACCAGAAUACUCUAGCCCAGUGUCGAGUCCCGGCAGCAGCCCGGACUCGCGUGCUGCCUCUGACUGCCUGUGUGUGCGUGUGUGUGUGGCUCCGCUGGCUCGGCAGCGGGGCCAGCUGGCUGUGAAGGGAAUACCGGUGGUUAGCGACAUAUCAGCCUCUCACCCACAUCACUCACAUCACCGCCACCGUCACCGGAGCCCAUCACGCGUCACUUUGUGCCACGUCAGCUGACGGCGCGGCCGCAGCGAACGUAACUCGUCAUCGGUUCUCAGCCCUAACGGGCCGGCCAGUCAGCCCUGUAGCGUUGAAGUGUAUGCGACUUUGUGUGUAUGCGCGACGCGAUUUUGUGUCAGUUAUUUUACCACGUAUUUUAAUAAACAAACGUGCUCGUAUCAA